UCUAUUAGUUGGCGAUAUAUUCAAAUUAUCUACAUUCGUGCUGAAAAUGCCGCGCGGUAAAAUUAAACAGACAACAACAGCGGCAAAUUGUGCCAUUAAAAAUACCAGUUUAAAGAAAGAAGAUAAAAAUCAAACUAAUAUAACAGAAAAUAUCAAAAUCAAGAUUGAAGCACCAGAAGAACCAGCAGAGGAGCUGAGUCCAAGUAAAAUAGAUUUAAGUCAAUUUAAAUACGAAAGGAAGCCGCACGUUAAAAUCGAAUAUGAAAAGGAUUCACCAGAAAAUGCUAAGAAACAAGAAACCAAAGGUCUAUGGGAGCCAGCUAAUUGGAAAGAGUUUCUGGUGAACUUGAGGAAUAUGAGAUCAAACAAUGAUGCUCCAGUUGAUACCAUGGGCUGCCAUUUAAGUGGCGAUCUUAAAGCUGCUCCUGAGGUAUACAGAUAUCAAUGUCUGAUAUCAUUGAUGCUGUCCAGUCAAACAAAAGACCAGGUGACAUUUGCAGCUAUGGAGCGUCUCCGAGCCAGAGGGUUAACAGUAGAUAACAUAUUACAAAUGAGUGAUGAUGAGUUGGGCAAGCUGAUUUACCCUGUAGGAUUUUGGAAGACUAAAGUGAAGUACAUUAAGAAAACAACACAAACUUUGAAAGAACAGUAUAAUGGAGACAUACCAGACACUGUGGAGAAGUUGUGCAAAUUGACUGGUGUGGGACCAAAGAUGGCUCAUAUCUGUAUGCUUGUUGCUUGGGAUAAAGUCACUGGGAUUGGUGUGGACACUCAUGUUCAUCGAAUAAGCAACAGAAUAGGCUGGGUAAAGAAACCAACAAAUACUCCAGAAGAAACUCGAAAAGCCUUGCAAACCUGGCUGCCCUUCGAUCUUUGGAGUGAAGUUAAUCAUCUUCUGGUAGGGUUUGGUCAAACAAUCUGCCUGCCUGUAGGUCCCAUGUGUCAUGAGUGCUUGAAUAGAGAUAUAUGCCCAUCAAGUAAUUUGGGUAGGAAAUCACCCAAGAAGACCCCAGUAAAGAAGGAAGUCAAAAGUGAAAAAUCUGAUGAUGAAUUUGAAGUUAAACCACCUAAAAGUAGAAAGGUCACACCAAGAAAGGAAUUAAAUGAUGAAAAUGUGAAAUUAGAGAUAAAGAAAGAAAACUUAAAUGUUAAAACUGGUACAGAAGGAAAAGAAAAUGUGAAAAAGUCUCCUCGGAAGAGGAAAGUCACACCAAAUAGGGCAGACAACGUCAAUACAGAGGAUGAUAUGAAUGACUUUGAAGAAAAAUCCAAAGAGACAGGAAAAGCACAAACUAUGAAAAAAGUUACUCCUAAUAAAAAAACAAAAAAAGAUGAUGUUAAAAAUGAUAAACUGACUACUAAAACUGGUCCUAGGAAGAAAACUACUCCACAAAAGAAAACAAUAUCUGCAAAUCAAAAAUUAGAUACAGAUAAUGAAAAUAUUUCACAGAGUAACAGUGAUGAAAACAUUGUGGUGCAAGAAAUUAAUACCAGAAACACAAGAAGCAAGGCAGGGGUGAAUCAAAAGUCAAAUACUAACCAGGAAUGAAACAUAUUCUUAAUAAAAACAAACCAAUUGAAAGUGAAUAACUUUUAUUACCUAAGUUUUUACAAUGCAUGUUGCUUAUUCAUUGUUUUUAAGUGCCUUAGUUUCAUACAAAGGUAUUUUGUAUUGUUUUAAAUGCAAUGCCAGCUUGAUUUCAACUCAAAUAUAAAUAUGGUGUAAUCAUGGAGUAAGUUUCAAUUAUUAAGAAUCUCAAGACUUUGAGGCUAAUCAAACCAUAAUUAUGUUGAAUACCUCAUUUAACUUAAGGUUCUAUUAAUUAAUAAUUUUUGUUAUAAAAUAAAUCAAUGUUUUCUCCUACCAACUUUUUUCUUUGAUUUAUCUUUUCUUGGGUUAUCCUUGGAUUUUCCAUGACCUUUCCUUGGAUCAGCUUUGCCUCUCAUAUGCCCUUUCUUUUGCAAUGACUUCUUUUUAUUCUGAAUUCUAUCUAGUUUGCUUUUCAUUUGGAAUACUUUACUUUUUUGUAUUUUCUUUGUUGCUUGUUUCUUCAACAUGCUUUUUAUUUCUUUCUUUGUUUUUAUUUUGUUAUCUUCAUCUUCUUCACCUUCAGAUUCCUCCUCCACACUUUCUUCAUCUGAACCCAUGCCAGGAACUACAGCUGCCCUUAUUACAUCUUUGUUUUUAUUUUUAUUCUGAGGCGUCUGUAUUUUUUCUUUUGGUCUAUUUUCACCUAUUACUAAGUCCUUCUUUUGUAGAGUAUCUGCUGAGAGUUCGACUAUUUUAACAUUAACAUCCUCAUCUUCAUACUCAUCUUGCAAAAGUUGCUCUAUGUCAGGUAUAGGUCGACUUGAAACUACAAGCUUCUUGUAUGAUUCUUUAUUCUGAAAAUCAAAAGAG